AUGAUUCAAAGACAACAAGAAAUUGAAACAGAAAAAAAUACUGCAAAACCUCAAACAACCACCUAUGUCAAUGCACAGACACGUUAUAAUUCUGCACAUAGUAAAUUGGCAUCACCUAUUUCGGGUACAUUGAGUGAUGAUGCACUUCGUAUUGAACAAGAAAAACAAGAUAAAUCAAAUCGUCUUCAACAGCGUCGAACUCAUCUAUCUGCUAUUCUAGAAGCUGAAAAAACCAAAUAUCAGAAUGAAUUAGCAUCAACUCGUCAAUCAUCACGUGAAUCAAUGCCUUAUAUGAAAAUUGGUGAUAAUUCUCUUCAUUCAGCUCAUGAAACGGAACGACAAACAAUUAUUCAUGAAAAAAACAAUAAACAUGGGACAAUAAAUAAUCCUAGUUUAUGUUCAAUAGAACAACAAAAGUUAGAAAACUUACAACCUGAAUAUUGGUCAGAACAACAUAAUGAAAGACAUUUGGUACAAGAAGAAGAAGAAGAAGAAGAAGAAAAUAAUGUUAAAUAUCAACAAGAAUUACGCCACGAUUUAUAUGAACAAGAUAAACAAGAAGAAAAUAAACGAACAAAUAGAAUUCAACAAUUGAAAAUUAUUUUACAACAACAAAUGGAUGAACUCAAACAAAAAGAAGAAAAGUCUGAAAUAUUAAAACAAGAAGAAGAACAUCUCUUUAGAGAACAAUCUCAAUUAGAUCAACAUGAAGAAGAAAGAAAACAAAUAGAAAAAUGUCAUAUUCAAAAAGAUGAUAGACAUCCACUUCUUCGACAACAUAAAAUUAAAUUUCAUAAACGAUCGAAAGAAAUUCAAGAACACUUGGAAUUAGAUAUGAAAAUUCUUGAAUCAAUCGCUCAUGUUGAUAAUGAAAAUUAUCUAAAACAAUCCGAACAGCGAGAACCAUUAAGACAAAAUGCUUUAAAUAUGUUAAAACAGUUUCAACAACAAAUGAAAUUCGAGAAAGAAAAAGAACAAGAACUUGAUGGAAUGUUUCCAGAAGAAAUAGCUAAACAAUGGUCUCGUCGUGAACAAGAAUGGAAUCGUGAAAAAGAAUCACGUGAAAAAUUAAUACGUCAAAUAAUAGAUAAAAGACAUGAACAAAUUAUGGAAAAAUUACAAAUAUUAAAAGAACAACAACAAGAAAUAUAUGAAAGACAACGAAUACUUAUUGAUGAUAUGCAACAAGCAAGAAAAUAUGAUCUAAUCGAACAACAAAAACAAGCCAAAGAAAGAGAAGAGAAAAAACAAAAUUCAUCAAGACAAAUAUCAAUUCUAGAACAAGAGCGAACACACUCUCGAUUAGAAUUAGAAAAACAAGAUACUAUGAAAUCUGAAGAUAAAAAACAAAUGCAUGAUUCAGUACAAAAACCACAAGCUUCUAUUACUACUACCACUGUUGAACCUAAAUUCUAUGGUCGUCGUCGAGUUAAUUGGAAUUAG